UUCUUUCCGGGGGCGCCCCUUGGGCAUGUGUGUCUGCCUCUUGGCAUCCUUUUCUUGUUUUGGAAGCAGUCGCCAAGUGAGGAGACAUGUGCACUUGCUCUAACGAGGAAACAAACAAACAAACAAACCAUCUCUUUGCUUUUACACAUUUAGUGACCCGAUUUAGCCAGGCUUUCUUUUCGUUUCAGAACGUACCAAAGCGUCCACCAUGUGCUAGCCCUAAAGCUAGAUAAAGAAUAUAUCGUGGUGACCGAAGUAAACCUGGUUACUUCCAGUAGAAAGAGUAUAGUUCAGCGAGGAAAAUUAAACAUUAAACACAAUCAUGCAAUCGAACAUGUAAAUAAAAGUUGUGCUGAAUACUAGAGAAAGAACAAGAAAAAGAUGAAUCCUAAUUUAGGGAGGAUGGGGAAAAAAAAAAACUUCCCAAAAAUUAACACCAAAGUUGCAAUAGGACAAGUUAAGGCAAGGACCAGGGAGAAUGCAUUUCUGAAAAGGAAAGUACCCCUGUGUUUUCCCACGAUGGUCGAGAAUAUGGCUUGAGAGAUGUUAUAAUGGAUCAGCAUGUUUCCACCAUUAAACCCCGAAGAAUCCAAAAUCAGAAUGUCAUUCACCGCUUAGAACGCCGGCGCAUCAGUUCAGGCAAGGCGGGAACCCACUGGCAUCAGGUCAGAGUGUUCCACCAGAACGUCUUCCCGAACUUCACGGUCGUCAACGUUGAAAAGCCUCCUUGCUUCCUGCGUAAAUUCUCACCCGAUGGGCGCUACUUUAUUGCUUUUUCUUCCGACCAGACAUCUCUUGAAAUCUAUGAGUACCAGGGCUGUCAGGCAGCAGAGGACCUCUUGCAGGGAUACGAAGGGGAGAUCUUGUCCAAUGGCAACGACCAGCGGUCAGUCAGUAUCCGAGGCCGGCUCUUUGAGCGCUUUUUUGUCCUGUUGCACAUUACCAGUGUGGCGGCCAACGGCGAGCACUUGAACCGGGAGUGUAGCCUCUUCACCGAUGACUGCCGGUGUGUCAUCGUGGGUUCCGCUGCCUACCUCCCAGAUGAACCUCACCCUCCUUUCUAUGAGGUCUAUCGGAACAGUGAGUCAGUGACCCCCAAUCCACGGUCCCCUCUAGAGGACUAUUCCCUCCACAUCAUUGACCUUCACACUGGCCGUUUGUGUGACACACGCACAUUCAAGUGUGACAAAGUGGUCUUGUCCCACAACCAAGGCCUGUACCUGUACAAAAACAUCCUGGCCAUAUUGUCUGUGCAGCAGCAGACCAUUCAUGUCUUCCAGGUGACCCCGGAAGGCACUUUCAUUGACGUUCGGACCAUUGGCCGCUUCUGCUAUGAGGAUGACCUGCUCACUGUGUCUGCUGUUUUCCCUGAGGUGCAGCGGGACAGCCAGACAGGCAUGGCCAAUCCCUUUAGGGACCCUUUCAUCAACUCCCUGAAGCACCGGCUGCUGGUUUAUCUCUGGCGCAGGGCAGAACAGGACGGCAGCGCGAUGGCCAAGAGGCGCUUCUUCCAGUACUUUGACCAGCUGCGGCAGCUGCGCAUGUGGAAGAUGCAGCUUCUGGAUGAAAACCACCUGUUCAUCAAAUACACCAGUGAGGAUGUAGUGACACUGCGGGUCACAGACCCAUCUCAGGCGUCCUUCUUUGUGGUCUACAACAUGGUGACAACAGAGGUGAUCGCUGUGUUUGAGAACACAUCAGAUGAACUUCUGGAGCUCUUUGAGAACUUCUGUGACCUCUUCCGCAAUGCCACCCUGCACAGUGAAGUCCAGUUUCCUUGCUCGGCUUCUAGCAACAACUUUGCACGGCAGAUCCAGCGCCGGUUCAAAGACACGAUUAUAAAUGCCAAGUAUGGAGGGCACACAGAGGCUGUGCGCCGGCUGCUGGGCCAGCUCCCCAUCAGUGCCCAGUCAUACAGUGGGAGCCCCUACCUGGAUUUGUCUCUCUUCAGCUACGAUGACAAGUGGGUGUCAGUCAUGGAGCGACCCAAGACUUGUGGAGAUCACCCAAUCAGGUUCUAUGCCCGGGACUCUGGCUUGCUGAAGUUUGAGAUCCAGGCAGGCUUGCUGGGCCGCCCUAUCAACCACACAGUGCGACGUCUCGUCGCCUUCACCUUCCACCCCUUUGAGCCCUUUGCAAUCUCUGUGCAGAGGACUAACGCAGAGUAUGUCGUCAACUUCCACAUGCGACACUGCUGCACCUCCGUGCCUCACCACGGCCGCGCCGCCCAGGAUUUUGCCCCUGCUUGACUCAGUGGACUCCAGAGCAGAAGCUGCUGGCUGCCCAGCUUUGGGGAUUCCACACUGGAACCCCUCCUCCACCUCAGACAGAGCCUGGGAGGAGUGGAGGAUGGGGUGCCACCGAGUGGGACUUGGUUUUCAGGUUACCCAGCCUAUCGUUCUCACAGUUUUCUCGAGUUUCCCUGUGGGGACACCCAGCAUUAAGUCCAUUCUAUUUUGUUUACUUAGCAUUUUAUGGCUGUGAAGACAGAAGCAUUACACCUUUCCCCCUGGAUGCCAUGCUUUGGCAUUAUGGUCUGAAACCUGCAGCAGGUAAAUCAUGUUUACUCCUGAAAAUUAUGUACUCCUUCCCAUUUCUCAAAUGGGCAGGGCUUUUUAUAGGAGAAAAUAAAGCCUUGGUAUUUUCUUA